UGUUUGAACCUCAGGCAGUCACGGGGACUUUAGACUCAUAUUCUUCAACUUUACAUAUUUGAUUUUGUCUUUAUUUCUAUCGCCACAAGUACUCUCCGGUACUGAAGCUGCUGCUGUGACAGAUAACACACAACAGCCUCCGCUAGCUCGAGGUUAGCAUGCUAGCUGCAGCCAGGGUGAACUCUCCUCGGAGUGGAUGUCGGUGAGACGGGCUCUAGUGGGCUGUGUUGUGUUGUCUGUGCAAGACGCCUGUGUGUUUUAUCCCUGCUGCAAAGGCUGCUUCUCCAGGAUCGAUGUGGAUCAGCGGGACCCGACGAGAUGCAGAUGUUCCAGAUGUGGUUACAGCUGUUUCAGGGAACAGGUUGAUUACAGAUAUCGUCUUUCUCUGAGGGUGAUCCGGGACAGAUGCAUAUUUGGAGUAACAGUUUUUGGAACCUGCUUGAACCCAUUCUUUGGUAUCCAUGCGAGUGGAUUACAGAGGUUGGUGGAGAAUGUAGAUGGACAAGCUGGAGCAUCAACCAGAGCCUCACUGCUGGCGAAAGCUGUCAAGGACUGUUUCAUUGGCAGACAUUUCGUCUUUGGUAUUAAGGUCACCGGAACAGAGAGUGGGCUUCAGUUUGGGGGGCCCGCACUCAGUAAAGAUGGAGACAGAGUCCAGUUCAUCGCCAGUCAGAUGAUUCUCCCCAAAGCUUCAGGAGGUGGUGGCUGCUCAGUGGUCGGCUACUAUCGAGCCCUUCUCCAGAGAGCUGCAGAAUAUGAGCUGGGGUCCAAAACCUCCAGACCCCUUGAAACAAGUCUGCUGCUGAUUCGUCAUCUUUCUCCAUCCAGCAGCUUUAAUAAUUCCUCACCCUUUGCCGCAGGUCUUCUUUCCCUCUCCCUACAAAGGUCACAGCACCAAGACAGCACCCUUUCUCCGACUCCUCCAUGGCAACAAUCAAUGGGACUAGUUACUUCAUCUGCAGAGCAGGAGGAAGGCUGCGGCACCCAGGAUUAUAGAGGAAAAGAAAACAGCAGCCAGAAAACCCCCCAUCAUGUACAGAGAGGCUGUCUGGAUAAGUGCAAAGUCACAGAGGAGAGAGCUCCCUUUCCUCUUUUUUCUUUAGAGCAAAGAUCUGAUAAUACUCAAUCAUUUUCCAAUUGCCCAAACAAGUCUUUUGAGAAUGCUGUUGAAACCACCCCCCUUAUAAACUCUUGGUUCAGUUCCUCCCAGCCGGGCCAAACAAGGGAUUUACCACUCAGCUGUAAAACUAAGGGGUUUUCUACGGGACAACUCACCAAUACCUUUUCCUCAAGCUCUGUGGUGUGGGAGGAUUUGCCUUUUUCUGAGAGUCUCACAGAGUUUUUGUGCGAGGAACACAACGAUUUUGACAUUGUUAGUGAAACUGAGCCACAUCUAAAUGUGCAAAAUCAGAGCGAAACGGUAAGAAACAACCAGCAAAGAAGAUCUCAAGACAAGAACUUGUCAAAUGACUCAACUUCUGUUUGUCAAAGUAACACACAUAUAACAGAGAGCUACUCAUGGAUGUUACAGGAUAUCACUAAUACGACAAACAACGUUGGCGACAGAGAUGAUUUGUCUGACCUCGUGUGCAAGGACAAUACUGGUUAUGUAAACAAGAGUCAAGCCAGGAGCAUUGGUUUCCAUCAGUGUAAUCAGGAAGGUGAGAACACUGGCGCGCUGUCUUUUGAAAACCAAGAGCAGCUCGAAGUAGAAACCUACGAUUGUUCAGUAGACCUAUUCGGUUGCUCUCCAAUGAAGAACAUUAAGUCGCCCGACACAAGUGCAGAAAGUGUCAGGAUGACUACAGACCGUUGCCCUCUGCUCAUCAAGCAGCACCUGAGGAGCGAAAUGAAUGUCACACAUUCAACACCAGACAAACAGAAACUGAGAAGUAUUAAAUGCUUAAACAGAGAAAGUUUCAUUCCACCAGGCACAAAAGAUCUCCACUUCCUCCCCUCCGCUCAGUCCACCCCAAUUGUCAAAGUAGAUGUUGUGUCGUCUUCACCUCCCUCCUCAUCCUUCUCCUCGACAUUAGGUGAAGUCAGUUCACGAUCAUGCAUUCAAGAUGUGUGUGUGUUUUAUAGUGAGCUGCCCGAGUGUGACAUUAAAAAAACAGAGAAAAUCACCUCUUUUUUUUGUAAACAAAACACUGUCAGUGCUAAUCAGCUGUCUCAGUGCAGUAGAGAUUCUACAAAAGAAAAGCUGUCUUUGAGCACGACGACCAUCAAACACGACCACGAAUUUACACCAAAAAGGAGGUUCUGUAAACCAAACAAGCCUAAGAAACUGCUGCAGGCUCAGCAGCACCUCAGGGUCCAGAGAGGGAGUCCCAGCCUGGAGACACCAGAAAGGAUGAACCACAAACGAGACUCUAGUGUUUGUGAUGUGACUGAGGAAAGUGAAGUGUUAGUUCCUCCUACUCCUGCUGCUCAAGGACGACUGAGUGCCAAGCUCAGAAGAAGACACACUGAUAACAGCAGCAGUACUUUGGUUUCUACUUGGAAAGCACAGCAGAUAGAUGGAGGCGAUUAUAAAAGAAAUCUGUUGGAACAUGGUCUGUCAUCGCUCACACCUCAGAGAGAACUUGCAACAACGGAAAGUUGUGGUGGUGAGGUGGGUGAUGAACAGAGUCUGGACGGCUCUAAGGACUUCCUCCCAGAUGAUGAGAACCAGGCAUGUGAUUGGUCUAGAGAUCUGUUCUCUGACUCAACAUGAGAUUUCCAUGCAAAUGCACUUGAUUCAAUGAUCCAAAGGGCUUUUUAUGCAUUUAAUGGCUACUGUUGUAUUUAAAAUAGUAGUUUGACUUUUACCUCUCCUACUGCUGCUGAUCCUCCAGAGGGAUCUGAGAAUAGAGAACAUAUAUUUAACACGGACGACUGGAGAAAGGCUGUUGAAAGUGACUAGAGGAGAAUCCCUACUCGACCCACUUUUUGCCAUUUCCUCUGUAUCUGACCAAAUUCAGACACUUGGGAUAGGAACUGAAAUCUGGUAAUUAGGUUAUCGGUUCUCCUCUGUACAAGAUAAAUCCUGACUGUAUAUUUAUAAUUGCUACGUAAGCAGCAUUACCUGCUGAUCAAGAUAUGUGUCUAUGAUACAUUUUCACACAUGCUCAUAUACCACAAUACCGGCAAACCAAUUUGAGAAGCAUUAACGUCACAACUGACUUGUCAGACAAAAGAGAAAUGUAAAUAAAACAAGAAAUAAAGAAGUGAUGUAACA